AUGACGUCUUCAACAUUCACAGCAUGGGCUUCGGCUCAUGCACCUCCUUCUCCAGUUCCUUCUCCACCGCCUGUCGAUGAAGCCUUCGCAUCUGACGUCGAAACGCACUAUUACUUCCACUCCAAUGGAACUCGUCUCGGGCAUCGCCUUCGCGCUAACGAUUUCUCUCUUCCUUCACCCUCAUCUUCGCCCGUCCACGACUGGCAACUGUCCCUAACAGCCAUAUGCCAAGAUAACGGCGAUGGCCAGCCUUUCCUCCUGCGAGACCUUCCCGCGCACCUGCUACCUUUCUUUGCAUACAGAGACGUCGCCGUCUACGUCACAGAAGUAGGUGCAGAUCAAACCGCGCUCUUCGAUGUCAUCUACCGCGAAUGGUACCCCACGCGCGACAGGACAGUGUUCAACGAUGGCAUAUUGAAAGACUAUGGACCAUUUUUUAGCUCGACGAUACGGGUCGAAUCUGAGGGACCCGCUCCACAGCCACCGACUCUGCUCAAGGACCUCGUCCGCUGGCAUGUCGCACUAUCGCAUCACCUCUCAAGUCUGCUUCCAAGAUUCUGCGCUUUGCGGCGCGGUCCGCGGUUGUUGGCGCGCCCUGGGCUGACGCAGGAGCAACUACAGGCCCUGCCCAAUCCCUGUGUAGACCUUGUUCGGGUACGCUAUGAUUAUACACCCGUAAUGCGGCGCACCUUUACCCAGUGCUUCAUCUGGGUUGAGAAGGGGUGGGAGGAUAAGGGCGUGAGGCUAGUAGUGCUGGAUGAGGAUAUGCUGCGCAGAAUUUCAUCUAGUGGGUGCGAGGGGUUGACGCGGGAUAUGGACUCCGAGGCUCGAGCGAAUGAAGCCGCGACUUUGGAUGUGGGUAAGAGAGAACAACGUAAUAAAGAAGAUCCGGAGGAUGUGAGAGUCGAUAUGGAGGCGUCGAUGAACCAUAUCAGCGUCUGGAGAGGCAGCCUGAAAGAUGUGAUGAGGGCAGUUGUAGUAGGAGAUGAAACCAGGAAGAGAGGACUAAGAGAAUUCAAUGACGUGCUAGAGGAGUGGCUGGGUGAUGGUGUGAAUGUUGGAAAGUAA